AUGGGUCAACUUUGGCGGCCAGACAUCGCCCUGUCGGAGAGGUUGGGGAAUGACUCUCCUGUCGGCUUCGCCCCGGGGCCCCCAGCCACGGUGGCCCCACAACAGUCCAACUCCUCCUGGGUCCCAGAAGCCCCAGUGGUCACACCAGAAGAGCCAAUUUUCCUCAUGACCUCCACUGCCCAAACUAUUUCAGGGUUUUUUGUUUGGACGGCUCUUCUGAUCACAUGUCACCAGAUCUACAUGCAUCUGCGUUACUACAGCUCUCCAAAUGAACAGAGGCACAUAGUUAGGAUCCUCUUCAUAGUCCCCAUCUAUGCCUUCGACUCCUGGCUCAGCCUUCUCUUCUUCACCAAUGAGGAGUAUUACGUGUACUUUGACACGGUCCGAGACUGCUACGAAGCCUUUGUCAUCUACAACUUCCUGAGUCUGUGCUACGAGUAUCUGGGAGGAGAGAGCGCCAUCAUGGCCGAGAUCAGAGGGAAACCCAUCGAGUCAAGCUGUAUGUAUGGCACCUGUUGUCUGUGGGGCAAGACCUACUCCAUUGGCUUCCUCAGGUUUUGCAAACAGGCAACUCUCCAGUUCUGUGUGGUGAAACCUCUGAUGGCAAUGAUCACUGUCAUUCUUCAGGCCUUCGGGAAAUACAAAGAUGGAGACUUUAACGUUGCUAGUGGCUACCUGUACGUGACCAUUAUCUACAACAUCUCCGUCAGUCUGUCGCUCUACGCUCUCUUCCUCUUCUACUUCGCCACACGUGAACUGCUUGUCCCAUACAACCCCGUGCUCAAGUUCUUCAUGGUCAAAUCUGUCAUCUUUCUCUCCUUCUGGCAAGGGAUGCUGCUGGCCAUCCUGGAGAAGUGCGGAGCCAUCCCUCAGAUCACCUCGGCCGGCUUCUCUGUGGGCGAGGGAACAGUUGCCGCUGGUUACCAAAACUUCAUCAUCUGCAUUGAGAUGUUCUUUGCUGCCGUCGCUUUGCGCCAUGCCUUUACUUACAAGGUGUACAUGGAUAAAAGGCUGGACUCAUAUGGCUCAUUUCCUAUCUAUGGACAGUACGGUCGCUGUGCCCCAAUGAAGAGCAUCUCCAGCAGCCUGAAGGAGACCAUGAAUCCGGGGGACAUGGUCCAGGAUGCCAUCCAUAACUUCUCCCCAGCGUAUCAGCAGUACACCCAGCAGUCCACACUGGAGCGAAGUGGGGGGCCACCCCUCUCCCGUAGCCACAGUAACCUCAGCACCCGCGGGGACAACGAAAAGACCCUGCUGCUCAGCUCUGACGACGAGUUCUGAGACUCAAACACAUGCUCGCUUUACGCACGUAGUCCACAUUGAUUUUUUUAUUUUUUUUUAUCACCUUUGUGAGACAAAUCACGUGUUUUGUUACCUGCAAUUUGGUUUCCCUUUUUUUUUUUUUUACAUUUAGAAUGGAAAGAUCUGAUUCAUGUCAGACUUAUGGAGCUGUGGUUGACAGACUGUGGGAAGGGAUUGAGUGUUUUUACAAGGAAAGAGAGGUAAUAAUUGGUACAGUAGGAACAGAGGAUGGGAAGGUUGUUGUCAAAUUUAGUCAGGGAUAAGAGAAGUCACGAUGGUUAGACAUUAUCAGGUUUAUUAACUCGUCAUGUUGUCAUUUUUGUUGAUGUCAUGAGGCCAUUAAUGACAGAACUACCAUAUCACACGGGUCCAAAUAACCUGUGCCUGCAUAUAGCGUCCUUAAGACGAAACAUAAAAAUAAAUGACAGAUAUAAGGUGUAUGCUAGAGCAAAUAAGUGCCAUCUUAAUCUAACACCCUUCAUCUUUCAGUUAUUAUAUUGAUUCUGAAUCCAAACUCCUCCUCACCCCUCUGCCAAUUUUGCCUCUUACCGAAACAUUGCCAAAUAUUGAGGAGUACCCCGUGCUCCAGUCAAUGAGACACACUGUCUCAAGAUUUAGAAUUGAUUUAUAGUUGAGCAAAGGAGCCUUUGAAUUGCCAGGCUUUGUUUUAAUAUAUAACAAUUUAAUCACAUUUUCUUUUAUUUCAAUGUAUGACCUUGAAGGUUUUAAAUUUAAAGAGUAGUUUGUUGGAAAAUUGUUAUUCCAGAAAUGUUCUAAAUAUUCAGUGUUUUCAUUUUGUUGUGGGUUCGUAUGAACAAGUAGCUCAAAAGUGUAAUUCUGUGACGCUGCUGGGCUCCUCGCGCAAUGCUAUUGUUUGUGUAGCACUGAGGUAACAGCUGUCGGAGAGAUUUUAGUGUGUGGCAGGGAGACGGGCGGAAGGGCGAAACCCACACAGAUUACAGAUUACUGAAGAAGAAACACUUCCCUGCAGAGCCGGCCCAGCUGUGAUGUGCUGUGGAUUGUAAUCCCAUAAUUAAGGGCAUAACAUGUAGCCCAGAUCAGGCCUGCCUCUGCUGGUUAUUGUUUAUAAAGGCGUCACUGCUAUAGUGAGUUAGUCAGGGCGUCAGUCAUUACAGACAGAUAAGGCCAUGCCAAGAUGUGUCGGGCCUUAAAUCAGACCAAAAUCACAUCUGGAAAAGGAAUAUAUGGGCAUUAAAAGUUUGUAUGCAUAGAUGCACUUUGUUCAGGGGUGCACUAUAGCAGUGAUGCAUGUUAGAAAAAAAUCCUCAAGCUGCCUGUCAUCCUCUGUUUUUCCUAUUAGUAGAAUUUCUACGUUAUCAACUGAUGUUUAAUAUGCGUUUUAGCAGGGGCCAGGAAAGAAGCUGCUUGUGGUCGUAAUCGUAAAUGUUUGACGGCAGAGCACAGCGAUAUAUAAAAGCUGAGUAGAUCCUUUUGCUGUCUCGUUUUCCUCUUACCUUACAGUGAGUGCAGUCUAAACACAUUUUACAGAUUGACCGCAGGUAAACGAACAGUAUGAAUGUAGUCCGGAUGAAGAAUUAACAGCCGAAUUGAUGUGCGUCCGUCAAAGGAGCACACUCAACUCUCUGAUGAGAACGUAUUCAGUCAGCAGAAUAAUGAAAGUGUUGAAAAGUUGGUUUUCUGCUGUGACUGCAGACCCGUAACCCUACCAGCCAUUUUUACACUCAGUUAAUAACACAUCACUUUUGUAUCUGACUUUCCACUGAACCUGUAGUGCUUCAGUUAAAGGCAACGUUUAGUUGAGUUGUAAAGUGAAAUGUGUUGCCUUUUACUCUGCCCCAAGUUAACAGCAUAUCAAACUCAGGCAUCUUGAUUCAAAACACUAUCAAAUGAUAGCUUUGGUACUAUGAUUUGAAAGCUGGAUGUUAAUCACAAAGCUGAAUAUAUAUUAAACGAGGAAAUAUUAUACCAGAAGGGAAGGAAUGUUGUAAAUAGUUCAACUAAGCGCUGCGAAUGAUGACACUAAUGGCAUUGCUUGGUAUAAUGCUUUAGUUUAAUAUUUUAAUUUUCAUAUAUUCUCCUGUUUUAUUUCUGUUGUACACUGUUUAAUUUGUAUAUUGGUAAUAUUAUCUCUUGUUUUGAUGCUCUAUUGGUUCCUGUCGGUGUUAAAAAAGGAAAUAAAAUACAAAUCCAAACGAGA